AAACCCCGGUAUGCUGGCCGUGAGUGUUUCGGGCGACCUGUGCUAACUUCUCGUCGCUUCCCCCCACGCUCCGCCCCUCACUGGUACAGUCCGAUCUCAGCGGGAGAAGACGACCCGUGGCACCUCUCAGUGCAAUCAGACGAAACCCUUGUACAAACCCGCGGGAACCCACCAUCUCAGGUAUACAAAGUGUUAUGGUGGGAUUUUGAAUUCCACACGUUUUUUUGUCUGCUGUCUCCCAGGUAGACGGGCAAAAAAGGCAACUUACUGACACCAUUUUUCAGAUCUGCUUCGAUAUACAGCGUUUAAAUUUCAAUGGAAUUUUUGUAACAUAAUGUCACGUAUAUGAAGAAACUAUAGCGGGUAAUACCUUUCAGUUCUUCCAAUCUCUUCUUCAACGGCAUCUGGGACAAAGCCUGUUCAGCGAACUGGAGAAAUAAUUUUUAAUCGUUUGUGAUUUGAUACGACGGAGCUGAGAGCCACAACGCUAUACCAGUAUAAAUUCGUGGGUCGGGACUUUUCUAUAAAGGCUGGAGAGAUUUGUCAAUGAUACUUUGAAUGAGACCGUUGUGCGUGGAUCGUUUGCUGUUUCUUGUCGACCAUUGAUUGGCCAAUACAUCAGAACCCAAUACCCUGUAUUAAUUUAAUUUGACGAAAUUGGAGCUCAAUGGAACGCCACAUCAGAUAAAGGUGAUCACCCCUGGAUCAGCGCGUUUCUGCCGGCACUGCUUUGCCGAUCACAAACAUGUGCGAUCGCGCGAAAGAUCGGAAAAGUAAUCAACACCCAAUCGUUACUUUUGAUCAAAAACUUGGAUACAAAAGUUUGAGACACUUGGUGGCUUGAAGUUUAAACUAACGAGUCAACAGUCAAGCAACGCAGGAUUUCAACAAAUGUCAGAACAACGGCGACGAAAUUUUCAAGUUUGGCAAUGCGAAAUCAGCAGGACAGAACUUUGGGCUUUGUUCCCUUAAGAUAAACCAGUUGUUUGUUACGAUACCAAGUGGUUUUGAUUUGUUAACUGUUUUCGUGCCCGAUUUCUGGGGAAACAGAGAGCUUCGCUAGCGAUUUAUAGCAGAGUCUAGUUUGAGAACACGAGGAUGUUGUUAUAGCUUGCCUAUACUUCUAUCACGGAUUGUACUUUACUUUUGAUCGUCAAGAUGAUACUGCCACCAAGACUUGGCGGAUACGUACUGUUACUUGCUGUUGUCGUUUUCACCAGUCUUAGGCCAUCUUCCGCCAAAGGACGGCGAAAACUGGACGCUGGGGUGAAAAUUCAGCGGGAAGAUGAGCCGGAAGAAGUCACCAAUAUCAGCAGUAAAGACGAGAACGAGGCUCCAGUACCAAGACGCGUUGAUCCUCAGGGCAGCUGGUUUGCUUUCGUUCGUCAUUCAAAUCGCAGCAAUCGAAAACACCAAAACAAAAACAGAGAAAAGAAGAAGAAAUCGUUGCGUGGUUUACCCGGCCCACGAGGUCCCCCUGGGCCCCCUGGCCCGCCCGGCCCGCCGGGAACCGUCAUCACACAGGAGGUCAUGCUGAAAGAAUUCAAAGAAAUGGUCAAAGAGGAGGCUGAAAGGCGAGCCGAAAAACUCAUAGCUCAAAGGUGCCCGGCCUGCCCAGUUCAGACAAACAGCAGCCAUAUUCUUCCAAUCCAUGACAUCGAGGAACUGAACAUCAUCCCAAGAAUCACUUCCGGUUUUCACGUGCGAUUACGCAACAACGUCAAGGUAUCCAGGCGGACGUUUCAGGAGUUACAAGCGUUUCAUGUCCCGUUUGGGGGUGGCGCCUUUCAGAGAGGCAACUCAUUUGAAGACGCUGACGGCCGAUUCCGGGCGCACCGGGAAGGGAUUUAUCAGUUUACAGCGAAUCUCCAUUUACAGCCCAAACACAAGAAAAAACACAAAACUUUAAAACGACGAGACACGAUCAGGGUGUUGAUUUGUAUAGAUUCACUGUGCCAAAAACACACAUCUUUGGAAUACAUCUCUGGAAUGGAAAGCAACAGUCGUAUUUUCACCGUGAGUCUGACUGGAAUGCUUCAUAUGAGAGCAGAGCAGUACGCCUCGAUUCACAUUGAUAACGCUUCGGGGAUGAGUGUUUUGAUUCACACGGGGUCUGACUUCAACGGAAUCAUGUUGGGCGUGUAAAAUGAUGGACGGCAUAUGGUGUGUCAUGGUGAUAGAUUAUGUACAAGAUGAGCACAAGAUGUGAGAAGAAUCAAAUCUAUGCUGGGUAUGGUAAAGGAAAUUAAAAGCAUGAACACUACAGAAAAGAGGAUGCCAAGAGAACUAGGUUCUUUGUCACCUCAUUGUCAUGUGUGUGCUCGUGUGCGCAUGUAGGCCUAUAAGACGAAAACAGCGGCGGGUGGCGCGCGCUGAGAACAUUUACCUAUUCAAUAUAGGCACACCACAUACGUAGUAAAUUUGAGAAUGGGUUGUCAUGCAUUUCUCAGCACCGAUCUACAGACACCAAUUCAUAUUCUCCGACUGAAAAAACCCUACGUACCGUUAAACGCUAACUGGUUUGGAUUGUAUUUUAAAUUUGUAGCUUCUACAGUUCGUCAAAAUAGCCAUGGAUGGAUUUCAACCAGGUUCCCUCUAUUCUGUAUCUCAGCUAGGUUCAUGUCAAGGGGAAAUUGUUGAGUUUCACAUAUGUAUUUAAAUAUGCACCAGGGAAUGUUCUGGGAAGAAUGUGUUCCGAGACGCGCUAAAGCUUUUUCAGAUUUCAACUAUGACCAUUGAUUUUCCGGUACGAUGUGAAUAUUCUCAUAUUUGACUUUAUAUUAUUUCCUAACACUCAGGUACGUUGUGUUUUAAUUACCUACAUCGUCUUUGGAUUUGCUGCAGUGUCAACAUUUAUCCGUUAUAUGUAAUUCCUGAGACAUAUUGCGACCCAGGCUGUUUGGAUUGGAUGCCAGAAACGCAAAGUUGAAUUUUCACAUGAUAAAUUAGCUUUAUCUCAAAGUAUAGUAUAAUUAGCUUAUAAUAGGCAGUUAUUUCAGAAAAGUAACACAAUGGGAAUGUCAGAAUAUUAAUUAUCAUAGCAUAAGCAACAAUGCCCAUUCAGCACAAGGUCACAAGUACAGAAGUCCAUCUUAGACUUCGUUGUCACCAACUAGUGUAACAUAUACGUUUAGUUUUUUGAGAGAGUAUAUAUUUUGACGGGCAAAGACAAGCACUUUUGUGCAUUGCGAUCACAUUGAAUCGAGUACGGUAGUUGUAAAUAUAACAGUUAUGGUUAUUGUAGCAUUUAAUCCCAAAUAAAGCCAAACUGGUGACAUAUCUGAAGGAUACCAAAAAUGUACAUAUUUCAGUUUUGCUGUAGAUUAAAAUAUGUGAUAAACAAUGUUUUUAGGAAUUCAGCGUCAUUUACUUUCUUUUUUCGAAGUUAUAGUUAGCUCAAGUGUA